UACCACGUUAACAACACUGAUUUAACGUAACUUAAAGCCACAAGAGGCGUACCGUGUACGUGUGUCCUCAUAGGUCAGGAAUCCCCCCUGUACAGGAAAGUGGGACGAUCCAGUCAAGUUCUCACUUCAUUCAGUUCAGACUAGGAGCUCGUUGUUGAUUGAAUCCCGUUACCCCACUGAAUGAAAACAAAUGCAGAUGUCAACGAAUAUUUAAGCGAUGCGAAACUUCCUCAAGCUCUAGAAAUAUGAACGCGGAAGGUGUUUCCAAGCGCACGCACAAAACGUGAGGAGGCGCGAUGGAUGCAAAGGACAGAGAGCGGCAGCGGACACGGAGCGCUUGCAAAAGAACCGAAAGCGCCAGUGUCCUGCGCUCGCUCAGCGUCGACAACAUAGACGAUAAUGAGGCAAUGGCAGGCGACUCGGACCUGGUUAAACAUGGCAGUCUUGAACAGCGACUCAUCACACCGAGGUACAGCUUGCUCCGUGAAGUUGGCAGGGGCAGUUAUGGCGUUGUGUACGAAGCCGUUGCCCGUAAAUCAGGUGCGCGAGUGGCGGUGAAGAAGCUGCGCUGUGACGCGCCUGAGAACGUGGAGCUGGCGCUGGCGGAGUUUUGGGCUUUGACCAGUCUGGAGAAACGCCAUGAGAAUGUGGUGCAGCUGGAGGAGUGUGUGCUCCAGAGGAACGGGAUGGCCCAGAAAAUGAGCCAUGGCAAUAAGCGUUCAAAGCAGUAUUUGAGGUUGGUCGAGACCUCUUUGAAAGGUGAGCGUGUAUUGUCGUGUCCUGAUGAGCCCUGCUACCUAUGGUUUGUUAUGGAGUUUUGCGAGGGAGGGGAUCUGAAUCAGUUCAUCUUGUCGCGACGGCCCGAUCCCCGAACCAAUGCCAGCUUCAUGAUGCAGCUGAGUAGCGCUGUGGCGUUCCUGCAUGAAAACAACAUUGUUCACAGAGACCUUAAACCAGAUAAUAUCCUCAUCUCGGAGCGUUCUGGUGCACCUGUGUUGAAAGUGGCAGAUUUCGGACUGAGCAAAGUGUGUGCUGGUCUGAGUGCCGGACUACGAGACUCAGAGGAGGGACGGGACAAAAACAAGAACAGUGUUAACAUCAACAAGUUCUGGCUCUCAUCGGCAUGCGGCUCGGACUUUUACAUGGCACCGGAGGUUUGGGAAGGACAUUACACAGCCAAAGCAGACAUUUUUGCUCUAGGCAUUAUCAUCUGGGCCAUGAUAGAGAGAAUCACAUUCAUUGACGCAGAGUCGAAACGGGAGCUUCUCGGGACGUAUGUGCGGCAAGGUUCUGACAUCGUCCCAGUUGGAGAGGCGCUUUUGGAGAACCCAAAGAUGGUUUUGAGUAUUCCCCAGCGCAGGCGCUCGCACAUGCCCGAGGCACUCCGGAAACUUUUGCAGGACAUGCUGGCCGUCAAUCCUCAGGACCGACCAGAUGCACUAGAACUGCACAGCAGGAUGGGACAGGUCACUUGUGCAGCGUGAGCUCUGACCUGAAUGCACACACAGGUUUUCCCUUUCCAUUACAGACCAGAAGGGACCGCGUUGCUUGGGAAAACUGUGAAUCUUCCAUUGCUGAUUUAAUGUGAAGAGUACAAAGUACUCAACUUGAACACCAAUACAAAGUUUGCUACAAAGAGAUUUUCAACUGACCGUUCACUUUUUUUGUUUACAGUAGUAAUUUAAAUGAAUCAUUCAUUAAGCCCAGAAGUGUCUAAAUCAAUCAUCAGUUAUGUCACUAAAAGUGAAGUAAAGCUAAAAAACGAUGUUAUGAUGCAGUGAGUACAAUCAAGCUAAAAUAAAGAAAGCUCUUUAUUAGUCUUACUGAGGGACUGGGACAUAAAAAUUCUGUUCUCAGAGCCUCCCUACUUGCUCGUCUUCUCAAAACAAUCAUUUGCCAUAAAAACAGACAAAAAGAAAAGUAUUUCAGUUAUUCUAUUAAGUUUUGUGAGCAGUGAAGCCUUCAGUUUUAGUAAGCAAGCAGUUCACAAAUGUAUUUAUUAAAUUUUUUUAAGGGGGGGGGGGAUCCAAAUAAAAACAAUUUUUGCAGUACAAAGACACACAAGAUACUAGAUUACAUUUCAUCACAUGUCACAAACCAUGUCAUUACUUGGGUCUUACUUGAGUUAAACAUACAACUCCACAAAACUUGAUCAUCUGUAUCUUUCCUCUGUCACAACAAAAUAGCUGAAAUCACGAGAAUUAAAGAGGAACUUGGAUUCUUCAGAACUUUUUUCUCCUUGAAUGCAGAUUUAUCCUGGUGCCUUGAAGUCUAGUGAUAUAAGUGAGAUUUCUUGUAGGUUUUUUUUUUUUUUUACAGCUUUAUCUUUUAAACAUGCAGUCUGUUUUGCAAGCUUUUAAUAUUUAAACACUUUACAUAUUAGGCAUGUGCAGUUUAACCAUUUAGGUGCUUGCUUUUACAUUGUGUGAGAUUAUUUUUUGGCCAAAAAAUGAUUAAUUCUGGUGCCCCAUUUACAAUGCUGCUGUCACUUAUGAAAAAACAGUGUGAACAUCCCUUCUGCACGGACACGCACAUUUCUACUGUUUCAUGGUUUAGUUGUUUUGGAAUCUGGUAGAUUAAAAUAUGCAUUUGAUUAUGGUUGAAGGGAGCAGUUAAAGACUGUGUGAGUGUUAUUUGUGUUUUAUAUAAGAAAUACUACUAAUGCAUUUCUAAUAUAGAACAGAUUUUUAGUUUUUUUUUUUUUUGGUUGAUUUGUCAAAAAUCAACCGAGUUUUUGUUAACCGACUAUUUGAUAUUCUCAAAAACAGGAUGGGAGCUCAAUAGUGUACCAUUGCUCUUUUUCAUCUGUAUCCUGAAUGCUUCAUAGAGAAGAAAUUGGUGUGUGUUUGACUUCCAGGUGUGGUUUUGCCUGACAGUUUGUGUGUGCUGUAGUUCUACCUCUACACUCUUGUGUUUUAGUAUCUAAUUCACUAAAUGAACUAGCAGUGCUUUCUGUUUUUGGUGAGACUAGUAAUUAAUGUUUUUCAGAUGGAAUUAUUUAUUUAUUUUUUGUUGUUUUUUAAAUAAUAAAUCUAUAGUGUCAAGCUUUUGUAGUACUUUUAACUUCUUUUAUUCCCAUUCUCUGUUUGUGACUGCGUAUUGCUGUCUGCUAUGGAAGAAACUUGAGGCUUAUGAGAUCAAUAUCUUUUUUUUAAGAUUAAAUCAGCCUCAGGUUUAAGGUAUUUUGAUAUAUUCUGGACCGUGUGGUUCUUCACGUCACAUGGGAACAAAAAGUUCCUUUUCUGUUACUUUUUAUAUGUUGAAUUAUGUUUUCAUUUUGUCUGCUAAUGCUUUUAUUGGGAACAUUCUUUUAAAUCCACUUUCAUUUUCCCGAAUGGCAAGUUAAAGGAUUGUAUCUUUUACAAAGGUCAGUUAAUCCUGGAGAAAGUUGGUAAAUGUUUUUGCAUUUGCUUUUUUGUCCACUUAAUUAUGACUCUUUUCAGUUUGAAUGUUUCAGAGAGCAUAAACACAGAGAAAUUUGUCUUAGCAGUCAUACGAACCACAGUAUUAGACCGCACUUGCACUGAGGAGAGUGAACGGAGUUUAAUAGAAGCUCACUUCCUGUUCUAUAAUCUCUUUUACUCGAAUUCUGCGUUUUUCUUUGUGUUCCUUGUGCUCCAACUUUGACUGUACAGCGCACUCUAUGCAACCUCUCCUUUUCUGACACUGUAUGAUGCUGCUCUGCUCAGACCUUGGCAAUUUGUUGCGCUCAUUUUCUGACUUUUUUUUUUUAAUGGAGCAUUUUCUGCUUUUUGUGUGCAAAUGUUGGACUUUUUUGAACAGACUUUCCUUUGUGUAAAGCACACUAGAGCUGUUGGAUGCUUCACUCGCUCGGGUGUCCAUCCCUUAUUGUUUUGUUGUUUUUGUUCAAUAAACCAUGU